AGUGGUCAAACUCCGCUGAACAUCGCCCAGAAACUAGGAUACAUCACUGUCAUCGAAACCCUUAAAGUUGUAACGACAGUGACAACAAUCACAACAACAACGACAACCAAUAUUGAAGAAAAAUACAAAGUGCAAGCACCGGAGCUGAUGCACGAGACCUUCAUGUCUGAUUCCGAAGAGGAAGGUGGUGAGGACACGGUCUUAGGCGACCAAACCUACAGAUACCUCACAGCAGAUGAAAUGAAAUCACUGGGUGACGAUUCCCUACCAAUAGAUGUCACCAGGGACGAAAGGAUAGACUCCAACAGGAUGGUUUCCAGUGGAGACAGUAACAUUCUUCCGCCUCAGCAUAUCGAGGAUAGCAUCAGUCCAGAACACGUCACUCAGAACUACGUCGAAUACAUUAAGAAAUACUCAUCGGAUAAUAUAGAUAUAGCACGACAUCCCAUUAAUAUAGGGAAGCUUCACUGGAAAAAUUUCCUAGUUUCCUUCUUAGUUGACGCUCGCGGUGGUGCAAUGCGUGGUUGUCGUCAUUCCGGGGUGAGAGUGAUAGUACCCCCCAGGUGCGCCCCUAGCCCCACCAGGAUAACGUGCAGAUAUGUGAGGCCUCAACGGACGCCUCAUCCGCCUCCCUUGAUGGAAGGGGAAGCACUGGCCAGCAGGGUGUUGGAGUUGGGACCAGUUGGAGCAAAGUUCCUCGG